UAGGACCCCGAGCCCAAGAUGGCGGCGCCCAGCGGAGCCACCGCUGCCGCCGCCGCUGUCGCCGGGGACUGUGAUGGUGACGGCGGGGGCAGCAACUUUGGAGCGUGGCUGGACGGACGGCUGGAGACGCUGGGAGUUGACCGAGCCGUUUACGGCGCCUACAUCUUGGGUGUCUUGCAGGAGGAGGAGGAGGAGGAGAAGCUGGACGCACUGCAGGGCAUCCUCUCCGCUUUCCUGGAAGAAGAUUCUCUCCUGAAUGUCUGCAAGGAGAUUGUGGAACGAUGGUCCGAAACUCAGAAUGUUGUCAUUGCCGUGAAGAAAGAAGAUGAAGUCCAAGCCAUCGCUACUCUCAUUGAGAAGCAGGCACAGAUCGUGGUGAAGCCUAGGACAGUGUCGGAGGAACAGAAGCAGAGGAAAGCUGCGCUGCUGGCCCAGUAUGCUGAUGUGACAGACGAAGAGGACGAAGCAGAUGAGAAGGAAGACUCAGGUGCCACCACAAUGAACAUUGGUUCGGACAAAUCUCUGUUCCGCAACACCAACGUGGAAGAUGUCCUCAAUGCCCGAAAGCUGGAGCGAGACUCACUUCGGGAUGAGGCCCAAAGGAAGAAGGAACAGGACAAGUUGCAGAGGGAGAAGGACAAACUAGCCAAGCAGGAGCGCAAGGAAAAGGAAAAGAAAAGGACACAAAGAGGAGAGCGAAAGCGAUAAUCAAGCGAUAAUCCUGCUCGGCUUUCUCCUGUCUCCCCCACGGACCUCAUCCGAGAACUGAUUGCGCACACAUGUAUUUUAAGAAAUGCAAGGACAUUGCAGAAGGGCAUCCCAGGGCAUAUCCCCCCUUUUGUUUACAUUGCCAAAAGGAAAAUCACAAGCACUUCUAACGACGAAGUGUGCUGUGUCUCCGGUUUAGCUAAUCAGAUUCUAAGGGGGUGAUCUCUGUACCAAAGAUCUGGAAUGGGAGCCGCUUUUAUAUUUCAGUAGCAAUGUUAUAUGCUCCUGUUGACCACUAAAAAAAAAAAAAAUCUUCCCUCACCUUGCAUAGACAGUAGGAAUAUUCCAAACAUGGACAGUACAGAAACUUUAUCUUGAAAUUUCAGCAGAAAUGAGCACUUUCAUGAGAUGAAAUUGGAAAUGUAAAGUGCUUCUGGAACAUUCAUCCUGAAAAGUAUAAAUGAUCGUGACUAGAGAGAAAGCUAAUGGAAAGCUCUACCUGGAUCUACAUUGUAUCCAUGGCAACAAAUGAAUUGGGUAUGGCAGGUUAUCUGGUCUAUUUGAGGUUUUCUUUUUCUUUUUUCUUUUUUUU